UCAGAGGGCAGCUCCUUUUUCCCAGCAUGGCCCCCUCGGCUUGGGCCAUCUGCUGCUGUCUCCUGGGGAGCCUCCUGCCCCAUGGGGGCAGCCCCAGCCCCGGUCCCAGCCCCAGUGUGCCUCGUCUGCGGCUCUCCUACCGAGAUCUCCUGUCUGCCAACCGUUCUGCUCUCUUUCUGGGUCCACGGGGCUCCCUAGACCUUCAAGUCAUGUACCUGGAUGAGUAUCGGGAUCGCCUCUUCCUGGGAGGCCGUGAUGCCCUCUACUCUUUGAGGCUGGAUCAGGCAUGGCCAGACCCCCGGGAGGUCUUGUGGCUGCCACAGCCAGGACAGAGGGCAGAAUGUGUCCAAAAGGGAAGAGAUCCUUUGACAGAGUGUGCCAACUUUGUUCGGGUCUUACAACCCCACAACCGAACCCACCUGCUGGCCUGUGGCACUGGAGCCUUCCAGCCCAUCUGUACCCUCAUCACAGUAGGGCAUCGAGGGGAGCAUGUGCUCCACCUGGAGCCCAGCACGGUGGAAAGUGGAAGGGGGCGUUGCCCACAUGAGCCAAGCCGGCCCUUCGCCAGCACCUUUGUAGGUGGGGAGUUGUACACAGGCCUCACUGCUGAUUUCCUGGGACGUGAGGCCAUGAUUUUCCGGAGUGGGGGUCCCAAACCAGCCCUUCGUUCUGACUCUGACCAGAGCCUCCUACAUGACCCCCGGUUUGUGAUGGCUGCUCGGAUCCCAGAUAACUCAGACCGGGAUGACGACAAAGUGUAUUUCUUCUUCUCUGAGACUGUCCCAUCACCAGAUGGUGGCCCGGGUCAUGUCACCAUCAGCCGUGUGGGCCGAGUCUGUGUGAAUGAUGCCGGUGGCCAGCGGGUGCUGGUGAACAAGUGGAGUACCUUCCUCAAGGCCAGGCUGGUAUGCUCUGUGCCUGGCCCUGGUGGGGCUGAGACUCACUUUGACCAGCUGGAGGAUGUGUUCCUGCUGUGGCCCAAGGCAGGGAAGAACCUGGAGGUGUAUGCGCUGUUCAGCACUGUCAGUGCCGUGUUCCGGGGCUUCGCCGUCUGUGUGUACCACAUGGCAGACAUCUGGGAGGUCUUCAACGGGCCCUUUGCCCACCGAGAUGGCCCUCAGCAUCAGUGGGGACCUUAUGGGGGCAAGGUGCCCUUCCCCCGCCCUGGUGUGUGCCCUAGCAAGAUGACGGCACAGCCAGGGCGACCCUUUGGCAGCACCAAGGACUACCCGGAUGAGGUGCUGCAGUUUGUCCGAGACCACCCACUCAUGUUCCAGCCUGUGAGGCCUAGGCGUGGACGCCCCGUCCUGGUCAAAACUAACUUAGCUCAGGAGCUGCGCCAGAUUGUGGUGGACCGAGUGGAGGCAGAGGAUGGGACCUAUGAUGUCAUCUUCCUAGGGACCGAUUCAGGGUCUGUGCUCAAAGUCAUUGCCCUCCAUGUUAGCGGCUUGGCUGAGCCUGAAGAGGUAGUUCUGGAGGAGCUCCAGGUGUUUAAGGUGCCGACACCCAUCACCCAGAUGGAGAUCUCUGUCAAAAGGCAAACGCUGUACGUGGGCUCUCCACGGGGCGUGGCCCGGCUGCGGCUGCACCAGUGUGAGACUUACGGCACUGCCUGUGCUGAGUGCUGCCUGGCCAGGGACCCGUACUGCGCCUGGGAUGGUGCUUCCUGUACCCGAUACCGCCCCAGCUUGGGCAAGCGCCGGUUCCGCAGGCAGGACAUCCGACAUGGCAACCCUGUUCUGCAGUGUCUGGGCCAGGGCCAGAGCCAAGACAAGGAAGCUUCAAGACUGGUGACCAGAGUCUUCGGCACAGAGCACAACAGCACUUUCCUGGAGUGUCUGCCCAAGUCUCCCCAAGCUGCAGUACGCUGGUUUUUACAGAGGCCAGGUGAUGAGGGGACCGACCAGGUGAAGACAGAUGAGCGAGUUCUGCAAACAGAACAGGGGCUGCUGUUCCGGAGGCUCAGCCGCCUUGACGCCGGAAACUAUACCUGUACCACACUGGAGCAUGGCUUCUCCCAGACUGUAGUUCGUUUUACCCUGGAGGUGAUUGCAGCUGUGCAGCUGGACAGCCUGUUCCUUCAGGAACCACGGCUAGAGGAGCCCUCAGCCUGGAGAGGCCUGGCCGCCGCCUCACCCAAGACUUGGUAUAAGGACAUCCUUCAGCUCGCUGGUUUCGCCAACCUGCCCCGUGUGGAUGAGUACUGUGAGCGUGUGUGGUGUAGGGGUGUUGGGGAGCGCUCAGGCUCCUUCCGGGGCAGGGGAAAGCAGGCUAAGGGGAAGAGCUGGGCAGGGCUGGAGCUGGGCAAGAAGGUGAAGAGCCGGGUGCUGGCUGAGCACAAUCGGACACCUAGGGAGGUAGAAGCCACAUAGAAGAUGGCUGAGGAGGGGGUGGACAGGCUGGGCUGGGAGACUCAACAACAUCUGCCUCCCACCCAGUUAGGGCAGAGGAGGCCAGGGCACCUGGUUACCUCUU